GAACUCAAUGCCAGAUUUGCCCCGCUCUCGAGUUUCAACCGUCAGUUAAGUAUCGUAUUUGUUCGUGAAACUGCGACGUUUCUAAUCGCCCUCCGAAAAUUAUAUGAUUACAAUUACAUCUAUAAAAACUAUAAGCGUACGCAAAUUUUCGUCGGGGAUUUGGAAACGUAGAUUGUUCACCGUAACUACAGUACUGCGCGGAAGAAAAUAAAAAGAAUGCAUAAAUUGAAUGGUACUGAAUGAAAUCUGACCAAUGAGUUGUCGUGGCUGAAGUAAUUCCGAUUUCGAAAGUAUGAAGUGAUUAUAAUAAUUUUUCUAGAUAACAUUAUUGCACGAAAGAAUUGUUUCAUUUUCCGAAGUUCGUUUAUUAUAAUAAAUACUUAAAAGCAAUUAUUGGAACAUGUACUUUUCGUAAUGUAAUGAACAUAAUCAUAACCUUCAAUCCGAGAUGAUGUGUCUAUUCGAGAUACUAUCGAGCAAUAUCUAUUGUAAUUGAAGGAGGAAAAUAAUAAAUAAAUAUUAACACUGAUAACCGUGUCAUCGUAUGAUUGUUACAUUGUAGAAACACUUAGAAUACUGUUUCGUGAUAAAAAGAUACGAACGACAUUGAUGUCUGUGUUAAACUCAUUUCUUAUGAUUUGUUUAAUUGUUAAAUACGUUGUAAAAUGAAGUAUUCUACGUCGCCACCGAUAAGUAGGUGUAAUUCGCCUGGUCCAAUUGAUUCAGGCUCGAAUUUGCCAACACCAGUUACUUACAGACAAGACUGUAUGGGAGCAGCAACAAAAUGUUACAAAUACUUAAGAAAAUUAUUAAAAUUCGAACAAAUGGAUUUCGAGUUUGCCCUAUGGCAAAUGAUUUUUUUAUUCAUAUCACCGCAAAAAGUGUAUAGGAAUUUUCAAAGUAGAAAACAAACGAAGUCACAAUUUGCAAGGGAUGAUCCUGCAUUCUUGGUACUAUUAUUAUGUUGUUUGUGUAUAUCUUCCAUUGGUUUUGCAAUAGUUUUGGGAUUAACAUUUUUCCAAUUUAUAAAACUACUAUUUUACAUGAUAUUCAUCGAUUAUCUCGCUAUUGGUUUAAUAGAAGCUACGAUAUUCUGGUUUAUAGCAAAUCGUUAUUUGAGAAUUGAUAAAACACAGGAUGUAGAAUGGGGCUACGCAUUUGAUAUACAAUUAAAUGCAUCCUUUCCACCUUUAGUGAUACUCCAUAUCGUACAACUGUUUUUAUACAAUGGUCUUAUAAAGCACGAUACAUUUUCAUCGCGAUUCGUUGGAAAUUCAAUCUGGUUAAUAGCAGCAGUUUAUUACAUUUAUAUAACGUUUCUGGGCUAUACGAGUAUGGGAAUACUUCAUAAAACACAUAAUAUAUUAUCAACGCUACCAUUCAUAUUUCUAAUGUAUAUUAUGACACUGUGCGCAGGUAUUAAUAUCAGUCGUUUAGUUAUGGUAUUUUAUUUUUAUAGAGCCGUUUAAAUAAAGUUUAUUUUGUUAGUACAAUUUUUAUUCAAUCAUUUGUAUAAAUAUUAUAUAUAACACUUUUACAUUGGCAGGCAA